CUCCAUCUACACCUUUUGCAUCCGUACCUUACGUAGCUACCUACCUAGGCUUCUACAAAUCUGUCUUCAUCGGCUGAGCUUUAACACUUAGACCAGGUGUUUGCGCCUUUACCAGCUACGACAUCAUUACAAAACACCAGCAAUCCGUUACAGCUCAUCGCGCAUUUGACAACAUCCAUACCAAAAUGGCAGAACCUCGAGGCGCGGCCGCUCGUCUGCGGCGCACAUUCCACUAUCCCACAGACGACGACUCGGCAGACUCACAGCCAGAAGCCAUGGACGAAGAGGAGCAAGAAACCCUCAUCCGCCGCCUCGCAGAAGACAACGCAACCCGCAACGCCCAGUUCGCAACCGCCCUCCUCGCCCUCCCCCUCCUAACAACGAUCCCCUACCUCAUAAACCUAGCCCGCCUCUCCGCCCCGCUCACCUCCCUCCUCUCUCUGACAUCCCUCCUCUCGACCGCCUACCUCCUCCACACCCAACCCCCAGGCGCGACCGGAAUCCCCUGGCUCGACGCCUGGUCCCGACCAAAAACCCCGCGCCCCAGCCCGGCCUCCUCGCUCGAGUCCUCGACCUCGUCCGUCUCCGGCGGCCCGUCGUCCUACCAACCCAUCCAGACGACGCAGAGGAGACGCAGGCGGAGCUCCUUCUCCUUUGCAGAGGAGCAAAAAGGCCCACUGGAGCUGUAUCUGCCGUACCUUAACCUCGGACUCUGCGGUAUGCUCAUCCUGGCGGGGUUGGCGACGAAGUCGAGCGAGAAGGCUUCGUUUGGCCACGUGGGGCUGGGGAACUUGCCUGCUAUAGUGUACGUCGUUGUUCUGAUCGCAAAGGUGGUCAUGGGCAGCGUCGAUCCGGAAAAGGAGUUGGCUGCGCUCAAGUAUGGUUUCAAAGGCGCGUGACGCUUAUGACUCGAGGGAAGAUUAGCUACGUGGCGGCGGGGGAUCUGUAUUAUUCUUUUGUUUUACUACGAAUACCACGGGACCAGAUGGAGUUAACCUUACGACUUAUGCCGGAAUGACGAUAUAACUAUGAUGCAGCGAGCGCGAAAAAGGAAUGUCCAGAGGUCAGGCUGUCAAGAAUCGAGAUUGAAAAAAGGUGCACACACAAGUCUAUUUACUUUUGCUGACACGUAAUUACAUCAAUCUACUACACAUCUAUGGAUUCGUUGAAGCGCAAGACACCGUGACUUUUCAGGACACCGUCCACUCCCUUGGGUAGUCGCGGGAACGGAUCUGUCAGAGAAUUUGUCGACGACGGAUCCAGUGACUUGUCUGUGACCAGCGCAAGACCGUGUGACUUGAUGGCGUCCACCAGGGCCGGG